AUGACGGUGAACGCGACAACUAAAGAUUCACAGUUUAAAAUGGACAUCACAGUUCCUAAGCUCAAAUACGCAAUGGGGAAGGAACCUGUGAAUGGGUUCAAGGCCAUAGAUAAGUACUCGGACUUCAAGUACAUCGCCAAGGUGAAAGAGAUACUCGGACCUGAGCAAUUUAAGAGAAUUGAGGACUCUUUCUUGGGUCCGGUUUUGCAGUUCGGUUCGAGGAAUCUAUCUAUGUCAGGGAAGAUGAUGCACACAAUUCUGACCAAGACCCUGGAAACCAAGAAAGAAAAGGAGCUGUGGUUUCAUUUUGGUGGACAUCCUAUGAGGUUCUCUAUAAGAGAAUUCUAUAUGAUCACGGGGCUGAAAUGCACCGAAUGGUUGCCUGCUGUUGAGAAAGAGACAAACCACUAUGAUUGGUCUCGAUUGGAGGAUGGACAUUCACCCGACGACCUGAUAGAACUCAUGGUCGAAGCCGGAGAGGAUGCUCAUGAUGAGAGGUUUUUUUUGGCUAUGGUGCUGCUCAUAGAGACAAUUUUUCUUUAUAGGUAUUCGAAAGCUAUGUUCCCAACAUCCAGUCUACAAAAAGCGCAAAACAUGGAUGUAUUGCUGAAUCAUCACUGGGGGAUAGAUGCUUAUGAAAUGCUGUUAAAAUCAGUGAAGAAGACAGUGGAGAACAAUCUAGAAAAGUCCAAGUACCCUCAGGACGGGUUCCCUGUUGCGCUUCACCUAUGGAUCUUGGAAUCCGUACCCAAGCUUCAGUCGGCUUUCUCUACCAUUGACAAAACAGUCCCGCCCACAGCUUUUUUUGUGUGUGAAAUACCUUCACACAACAUCUCCUCCUAUCAAAACUGUUUUGAGCAUAGACGGCGAAAGUGA